CAGAUACGGCACACCUCGCUGUGAGUUAUAAGAACUUGGAUAUCUAUGGGCUGCGAGCGAAGACUACAUGGCACCAUUCGCAUCUCACCCUGUUGAUACUACUAAUGUUUCUUCGUACUUCAGUUCUUUCCCGGUCAAGAGCUGUGAGCUUGACGCUCUACCAGCCAUCCAACAAGGCUUGAACGAUACAAUUUACGGCUGUACGACUCCCGGGUCAAAAGAACGGAAAAAAGCUGAAUACCGGCAUACCAACCCAGCAGGGAACAUUUUUGGCUUGAGCCUCGCGCUAUGCGAAGCAGAUCGGGUCGGUUAUGUGGUAAAAUUCAUUGAGUUUCUCUGUAUCGUCGAUGAUGUGAUGGAGGAUCUUCCCUUUGGAGAAGCAUGCACAGAACAUACCAUUCUACGACAAGCACUACACGACAGCUACGACGAGCACCAAUACGGCGGGAGAGCAGUCAGUCUGAUGAGGAACUUUCUCUACGAGCUCCGGAUAGAGCUCGCUAGCAUGGAAGACCCAAGCACUUCCCUGUUACUGAAGACUCUGGACACCAGUCUCCGUGACAGAGACAGCAACGACUCAGAGUUUCUAACCCUCGCAGGAUAUAUUCCCUAUCGAAAAAUGAAUUUUGAUUAUGACUUUGUGUGCCAACUACUACGUUGGGCCAUGUGCAUCCCGCCAACGAUCCAAGAUGAUCCGCUAGCAAGGAGCUACGAGCACAUCAUUGGGGUCAUCGUCGGCCUGACAAACGAUUAUUUCUCUUGGGAGAUGGAGCGCCUAGAGCCUACAGAUAGAAUUAGGAAUGCAGUUCUUGUCUUGAUGAAGGAACAUUCAGUCAAUGAGAUGCAAGCGAAGCCGAUGCUGAAGGAAGUAAUCAUUGAGGAGGAGAGAAAGGCCAGGGAGUUGAUGGGCGAAAUCAUGGACCUACCAGAGGAACAUGAACCGUUGAAGCGCUAUGUGGCUGGGAUGGAGCUUUUUGCAGCGGGAUAUAGCUUCUGGUGUGCAACUUGUCCUAGAUACCACCGACCACAGAACGAGGAAAGUUUUGUAGAGCAAGCUAAAUUGUAA